AUGUCGGUGAGUUGCGGGCUCGAGUGGGUGGCGUGCCUGGGCUGCACGCGCUGGGCGUGGAAGCGGCUCACCUACAUCGGCGCCUACGACAGCGAGACGUGGCCGCCGGCGUCCCGCGACGAGUUCGAGGCCGUCCCGCGCCUCUGCCGCGCCGUGCUCGCCAACUACGACGAGGACCUGUCCAACCCCAAGUUCGCCCCGCCGGAGCGCGGGUACCUCGACAUCGACCCCAGGGGCAUCGUCAAGCGGGCCACCUACGAGGACGUCGGCAACGCGUGCCCGCCGUAUCUUAUCUACGUCGACGAGGCGCACAAGGAGAUCAUCCUCGCCAUCCGCGGCCUCAACCUCGUGCGCAACGCCGACUACAAGGUGCUCAUGGACAACAAGCUCGGGAUGCAGAUGUUCGACGGCGGCUACGUGCACCACGGCCUGCUCAAGGCCGCCAAGUUCAUCCUGGAGCGGGAGACGGAGACGCUGCGAGACCUGCUGCGCCGCUACGGGCCCGAGUACAAGCUCGUCCUCACCGGCCACUCGCUCGGCUCCGGCAUCGCCGCGCUCAUGACCGUGCUGGUGGUCAACAACCGCAAGGAGUUCGACAACAUACCCAGGAGCCGAGUCAAGUGCUACGCCCUCGCGCCCGCCAGGUGUAUGUCGCUCAACCUCGCCGUCAAGUACGCGGACGUCAUCAACUCCGUCGUGCUCCAGGAUGACUUUUUGCCAAGAACACCGACACCACUAGAGUACAUUUUUGGGUCUAUCUUCUGCUUGCCCUGCUUGCUAUUCCUCUUCUGCUUGAGAGAUACAUUUAAACAAGACAAGAGAAAAUUUAAAGAUCCAAGAAGAUUGUAUGCUCCUGGGCGAAUGUAUCAUAUCGUUGAGAGGAAAUUUUGCAGAUGUGGAAGAUUCCCACCUGAGGUCAGAACUGCAAUUCCAGUUGAAGGACGAUUUGAGCAUGUUGUGUUAUCAUGCAGUACCACGUCUGAUCAUGCCAUUGCUUGGAUUGAACGGGAAUCACAGAAGGCUUUAGAGCUAAUGAUGGACGGCAAGAAGGAAAUGACUCCACCUCCGCAGCAAAAGAUGGAGAGAUUGCAAAGUUUUGAGGAGGAACACAAGAAUGCUCUCCAGAGAGCAAAAACCCUGGAUGUUCCUCAUGCCGCGGACUUGUCUGAAGAGGAGAUUCAGGAGGAUGGUAGCACUGGACCACCCUCUGAUACUCAUAGCGAGACAACCACGGAAACAAAAUCUGCAGGUAGAACGAGUUGGGACGAACUGAUGGAUAAGCUUUUCACCAGGGAUGAAGAUGGGAAACUUGUCGUGAACAAGGAUGCCAUGGCAAGGGAAAUUACUGUCGAGUAA